AUGGGUCGCUUCGAUGCGCCAAAUCCGGUCAAUGAGCUGACAAAAAACACCGAAUGGUAUGAGGCUGCUCCUCCUGGCAUGCGCAGCCCCGACCAUCUUUGGAAAGAAUACUGGCAGCGCUUCAAUACGUAUCCCAUUUCGAUUUUUGACAGCAACAAAUAUUUUGAAACCGCUAUGGAGAUAGCAAAGGCCUCCAAAAACAAAGCGGAUUUUGAACGGAAAUUUGAGAAACAUAACAAACAACAAUAUGAAGUCCUCAAUUCUGCGCUAAAAGAUCUAUACUGGGUUAUUGAAGAGACUUAUCCGGCCCUCGAUGCUCAAAAUCCAACUUCCACUGCUCAAAAUCCAACUUCCGCUGCUCCUCGUGCGAUCCCCCCGGCACAAAAGCUCAGAUGCCUCGACCACUUUGUCCAGUUAUUACAUACCUACGUCUACCAACGAAAAUCGGAUAAGAAACCUAAAACGAUAGUCGUGGAGAAACAGGAUCAUACAAAGGAAAAUUCCCGUCAAGAGAGAGGGCACGAACUCAUGGAAGAUGAGACGGAGGAACUUAUUAGGGAAAUCAUCCCAGCCCCCUCUGCUGACCCAGAAUAUGAAAAAUCUCUAGAUGAAGAGUUUUCCAGUGAGGAUGAGUGGGGCACUCAGCUUCCUGAGGAUAUAGACUAUGGUUAUAGGCUCGACCAGGAGUAUAAGAUGCGCUAUGGGGGAAGCAAUACUUUCGCGAGGGCGGAAUUCGAAUCGUCGAUGCUUUUAUCCGACGAUGCUGCUUCACAUACCCUCAACUCUGAAGACGAUACCCCUUCAAUUCAGCAGGUCCCAUCACUCAUAUCAAACGAUUCACAGGACCUGAAGGAGGGAAAUGAGUCUCUGGCGACACAAGAUGAGCUGAGAAGACGAUCCAGUAUAUCAUCUAAAAGCCAAGGUUCGAAUUCGGCCAAGAAGAGGGUUCGGUUUGACGACGAUGAAGAUAUCAGUAUCCAUGAGCCUAAACGUCGAAAAGUAGACAACAGUCUUGCGCAUACCGAAACCUCCCCGACCCCUCAGGCUACUCGCGCGUCAUCUAUACAGGCUGCCCAUGGGAGCGCAUCACGGAAAAGAUCCAGGUCUGACGAAGAUGAAGAAGACAACGGAUAUAAGCGUCAGAAAAUAGAGAGUCUGCCACGCCCACCAUCUCCUGUCCCCAAUGCUAGCUUUACGGAAGACGAUUCGGCAAAUCAUCUAGCCCAGGGAAGUUCAGAAAAAGUAUUGGAAGAGCAAGUUCCGGAAAGCGACAACAGCGGGCGAAAGCGCCGAAAACAAAAGCCCAAGUCGCCAACUUCACGUGCAAACUCUUCUCGAAACACUCUGAACACGAGGUCUUCGAGGAGAUCCAAUUCGUCUACGCUUUGGGAACUGGAUGCCUCGGGCAAGCCCCGUUCGAACUACUAA